AUGGUAUUCUCAAUCACAACUUUUCUAUUACUAUCUUUGACCUCAAAAGGUAACUCAAACAUUGUCGUGCUCCUCUUGGCAAGUACUUCCAUUCCAGUUGUUUCUCAGUCCUACAAUGAUGUCAUCUGCCGUCGUCCAUGGUAUUUCAACACUCCACGACCUGCUCCAUUGUCAGAUACUCCUUGAGAAACUCUUGAGUCCCAAAGAUCUUCAAUUUCAGGAGAUGUCCCACGCCUUCAUUCUUCACUUUCUAUGAGUGUUGCGGUGAAUUUCUGGAGAACUGUUGUUGGAGAUUCCGUCCAGAGCCCAUGUAAGUCUCCCAAUUCUCUCGCUCUCUAACUUUCUUCUGCUCAGAAUCAUCUCGGUCAUUCUGCUCGUUCUACUGUUCCUCCUCUGCUGUUGUUGUUGUAUCGGCUGGCUUGUGGCCGGCAAAAAAAAGCAGAAGACGUCACCGGAAAAGCAGUCGAUUCCCUCGAAAAAAGACUCUCAAAUCCAGACAAUUAGCAGUGCGACGAUGGAUUCUGGCACCCAAUGGGAACACGGAAGAGUUGAUGCAGACAAGCGACGUUCGUAUGCGGCGGCACGCGACCGCGAGCUCGACUAUCAGUACUUUUCGUGA